AUGGACGAAGAGCAGGAAAAGUACCUUGAAGAAUCAGUCGCAGUCGUUAAACAAGAAGCUUUUCAGCUGCAAAAAGCUUUAGACUCUUCUAACAUGCAAGAAGUCCUUAAGCAUGCAUCAAUCAUGAUAUCUGAGCUUCGUACCUCUCUGCUCUCUCCAAAAGCUUACUAUGAGCUCUAUAUGCAAGUUUUCGAUCAAAUGAGCCGCCUUGAGUCUUAUUUCAUGGAAGAGCACCGCAGGACUGGCAAAAUUUCAGAGCUCUAUGAAAAAGUUCAGCAUACAACUAAUAUUCUGCCAAGACUAUAUCUCCUAGUCGCAGCUGGGUCGGUUUAUACUAUAAAGUUAAACUUUUUUCAUAAAAAUAAUAUGGAUUUUCAUAUAAAAUAAUUGUUUAUUAUAUAUUUUUAAGUAAAAUCAAUAUUAAAAAGAAUAUAUUAAAACACGCGAGCUCACAGCUAAAGACGUCCUAAAAGAUUUGAUAGAAAUGACCAAAGGAGUCCAACACCCUAUGAGAGGGCUAUUUUUAAGGUAUUAUCUCAAUAAAGUGUGCAAGGACAAACUGCCUGAUAAAGGCUCAGAGUAUGAAGAUUCUGGAGAUGUUACAGACUCAGUUGAUUUUCUACUGCAAAAUUUGUCUGAGAUGAACAGACUUUGGGUAAGAAUGCAACAUACUGGAAGUGUAAGGGACAAAACAAAGAGAGAAAAAGAAAGAAGUGAUUUGAAAGUCACUGUAGGAGAAAAUAUUGUUAGACUUUCCAACUUACUGGAAAAUAUAUAUAAAAUUUCCUAUUUAAAUAAGGAAAUUAUUAUUUUUAUCAUAAAAUAAAUUGCAUACCAACUUACAAGGAGUCAAUUUAGAACUCUACCAGUCUGUUGUUUUACCACGAAUCAUUGAAAUUGUAACCUCCAGCAAAGACGCCAUUUCACAGCAAUAUCUCAUGGACUGCAUUAUUCAAGCUUUCCCAGACGAUUAUCACCUGCAUACUCUUGAACCUUUGCUUGAAGCCUGCACCCAACUGCAGCCAGCAGUCGAAAUCAAAGGGAUUUUCAUCAAUCUUCUUACCAGGAUUUCUGACUUCGCCAAAGAAUCCGACUUAGAAAUCGUCCAAAGGGUCAACAUUUUUGAGCUGAUUAAAAAUUAUAUCGACAAAAUCAUCCAAGAGCAAAGCAACCCAGCCGACACUGCAAAAUUCUUAGAGCUCAACGCUGCAUUUUUGCGUCUUUCCUUAAAAUGUUACCCAGACAAUAUCUUAAACUUAAACUUAAACUUACAGGUUGGCGUCUGCCAUAUUGGUUACGCAGUCACCAAGGACCCUCCCAUACGGGUGGUUCAUCCGCUUUGCGCCGUCUUCUGCUUCACCUUGCUUGAAUUGGAGCAAUGGUUCGCUGGGCAAGUCUUCAGCUCUGACACUAACUUUCUUCUCCUUCAGCGCCUGAUGCCAUGGCAUUUCUGAAGUGAGACUCUGCUUCGACGUCUCCUCCUCCCUUUCGGUCCAAUGUUGAGUGGGCGGACUAUGGACUUCUGCGGCUGCUGCAUGUGUUACAAGGUUGCAAAAAUUCCAAAAAAAUGGAAUUUCUGUUCGACCUUUCGGCAAAAGGAAAAAUCUGGAUUCCGGGACGUAACGCCCGGUUUCACGCUAGGCAGUUGCCCGAUUGAUCUGGGUAUUACCUGCAGACCUUGCUGGGCUUGCCCUUUCCAAAUCCAAACCCUCCUUUCCCUUGAGGUAAAACCCAACCUUGAAAUUGGACUGAGGGCUAGGCUCUGUACAUUACCAGAGUUGCUUACCUAGCACUGCUGUCCAUUUCUGGAUUGGUAAAAUCUUGCCGGAUAUAAAUAAAAUAUAAGUCGAGUAUGCAUGGCCUCCAGCCAUGCCCAGACGAAGACGCCAUAUUUUAUUUAUACCCAGACAAUAUCAAUUAUGUCAAUAUGAUAUUGGACUCCUGCAUUACCCUAAUAGAAAAAAAUCAAUCUGAUGGCAGACUUGACCAAGAAUCCUUAAAAUGUAUAGUGAAACUACUGACCCAUCCUUUAGAGUCUCUAUCAAUUGCAAUCCUCUCUAUGAGUAAUUAUCCAAAAUUAAUGAGCUAUCUGCAGUUCCAGGCACGAAAACAAGUCUCCUUCAAAAUAGUCCAAUCUAUUGUGGCCAAUAAAGUGGAGCUUAGUGAUGCUGAUACUAUUGAAAAAUUAAUUACGUAUAUUUCCUCAUUAUUGGUAGAUGCUAAAGAUACUACAGAAUCUGAAGCUUAUGAAUUUGAAGACGAGCAGCAAGGAGUCGCCAAAAUUAUUUCUAUGAUCAGAGGCCCAGAUGUAAAAACCCAAUUCCAUUUGCUUCAUAUUUUUAGGUCAAAAUUGUCACAAGGAGGGAAUAGGAGAAUUAAAUACACUUACCCAGCUUUGCUUUUUAAAUAUAUCAAAUUAGUCCCUAAUCUUGAUCGGCUCAUGAUUUUUGUUUUGGAUUUUUAUAAUUAAAUGGGAUUUUUUCAAAAUUUUUUAAAAUUUCAAUUGUUUUCCAGAUCUAAUAAUAAAAAAUUUCUAUGUGUUGUCAAAAAAAAUUUAUUCAGAAACCAUCUUGAUAGCGGAGACUCAGAAAUUACUUUUCAUCACAUUUUGAAGAUUUUAUUACAAAUCGUUAAUAAAGUUAUAGAAGUCAGUCCUGAGCUCGGGCUUAAGCUAAGCUUGCAGUGUGCGUUGUGUAUUCAUAAUCAUGACCCUGAAAAAACACAUGAAGAAAUUGCUUAUGAAUUUAUUUCUCAAGCUUUGAUUUUGUACCAAGAUGAACUGUCAGAUGCAGACGUAAAGGCCAACGCUAUUACAAUUGCCCUGUCAACAUUAGCGUAUGUGAACUGUUUUGAAGAAGAAAACUCAGAGACACUAGUCCAUAAUACAGCACAAUAUGCUCAUAAGCAGCCUACAAAGACUGGAGAAAUCCGUGGUGCUUUGCAAGCUACAGAUCUAUUUUGGACUGAGUCAAUAAGAAAUGACCAAAGAGUCCUCCAUUAUCUUAAAAAGGCUGAAAAAUGUGCAGAACAUCUGGGAACGACCAAUGAACAGCUUAUGCUUCUUAUUGACACUUUGAAUAAAUAUGUUGGUUUUCUACUGAAGGACGUCCCUAGCAUUGAAUUUGAUGCAAUAAAUAGCUUGAUUUCUGAGAUCAACAGUGGGGUCAAAAAAUUAGGAAGUGAAAUAAGCCAAGACGUUAAAGUUUAUUUAGCGAAUACAAAUAAAUAUAUUCGGACUAGGCAAGAUGAAGGAAAAUUAAAAGGAAUAAAACUCUAG